UCCUGUGAGUAGCGGCGACUGCAGCGCGGGCGGGCGGGCGAGGUCAGCGGACGCCGUCGGCGGCUGGCCGUGUCGGCCGCGGGAUGAGGAAGCGGACCGAGCCCGUCGCCUUGGAGCAUGAGCGCUGCGCCGCUUCGGGGUCGUCCUCCUCCGGCUCGGUCGCCGCGGCGCUGGACGCCGACUGCCGCCUGAAGCAGAACCUGCGCCUGGCGGGCAAGGGGCCGGCAGAGCCGCGCUGCGCCGCGGACGCGGGCAUGAAGCGGGCGCUGGGCAGGCGAAAGGGCCUGUGGUUCCGACUGAGGAAGAUACUUCUCUGUGUUCUGGGGUUGUAUGUUGCCAUUCCAUUUCUCAUCAAACUAUGUCCUGGGAUACAGGCCAAACUGAUUUUCUUGAAUUUUGUGAGGGUUCCCUAUUUCAUUGACUUGAAAAAACCGCAGGAUCAAGGUUUGAAUCACACAUGUAAUUACUACCUCCAGCCAGAGGAAGACGUGACCAUUGGAGUCUGCUCUAGAGGAGGUGACCACCGGGUGGAACUUUACAAGGUGCUGAGUUCCCUUGGUUACCAUGUGGUCACCUUUGACUACAGAGGUUGGGGUGACUCAGUAGGAACGCCAUCGGAACGAGGCAUGACGUAUGACGCACUUCAUGUUUUUGACUGGAUCAAAGCAAGAAGUGGAGACAACCCCGUGUAUAUUUGGGGUCAUUCCCUAGGCACUGGAGUGGCAACAAAUCUGGUGCGGCGCCUCUGCGAGCGAGAGACACCUCCAGAUGCCCUUAUAUUGGAAUCUCCAUUCACUAAUAUACGUGAAGAAGCUAAGAGCCAUCCGUUCUCAGUGAUAUAUCGAUACUUUCCUGGGUUUGACUGGUUCUUCCUUGACCCCAUUACAAGCAGUGGAAUUAAAUUUGCAAAUGAUGAAAAUGUGAAGCACAUCUCCUGCUCGCUGCUCAUCCUGCACGCUGAGGACGACCCGGUCGUGCCCUUCCAGCUUGGCCGAAAGCUCUACAACAUCGCUGCUCCAUCCCGAAGCUUCCGAGACUUCAAAGUUCAGUUUAUCCCCUUUCACUCAGACCUCGGCUACAGGCACAAGUAUAUCUACAAGAGCCCUGAGCUUCCACGAAUACUGAGGGAAUUCCUGGGGAAGUCAGAACCCGGGCGCCAGCACUGAGUCUUGCUGCCUGAAGGAGCAUGAAGACCUCUGCCCUCCUCCCCUUUGCUCCGGCCAGCCUGGCACCCUGGGGCCCAGGGCUGCCAGUGUCUUCAGUGCCCCCGGAGAGAGGACUCGGAUGUCAGCUGGGGCAGGCGGAGGAGGCCCGGCAGACCUGAGGCACCUGCCUUGGGUGGCUGGGAGCUUGGAUCUUUGUGGAAAACACAGGUUGCAGGCAUGGGAUCCCCUCUCCGUUUUGUUGCCACUCAACCUGAGCUCUUAUUGGGAAGACAGUGACAGAGCAGGCCAGCUGCCAGCUGGUCAAUCCCACGCUUGCUGAGCUGGGCAUGGGGAGCCCGGGGCAGGAGGCGUGGGGUCUCGGGACCACACUGAGCUUUCCAGCACCACCAGUGAGAUUGUGGCCAGAUGAGUUCUUCUGUCCCUUCCGGGCACAUGCAGAAUGGACUGGAAUGGUUCCGUCAGCCCCUCGCACCCGGAGCACCCUGCUUGCCUACCUUGGCGGUUCCUGUCUCUCCGGGCAGGCCCCCACUGCUCACAGUGGGGGAGGUGCCUGUGACCUGCACUUCCUCCACUUUCUGCCCACUUGUCCGCCUAACCUGGCCUUAGACUGAGCAUUUAUUUAAGAAUAAAAUCGUGGUGGUGGUCUA